AUGAGUAGGCUCUCAUUCAUCUUAGAGAACCUUCUGCGCCUAGACGAGCUCGUCACCCAUUUCCGCACCACCGGCAAGUCGUUGCCGAACGGCUCGAACGAGCUGUUCACCUUGCGAAAGGCCAAGCUGCGACAGCCCGAACUGCUCGAGCACGGCCGAGUGGAGCAGCACGAGGCGGUCGGCGACCUCGAUCUCUACACCGUCUACAGGGGCACAUUCAGGAUGGGAAACGACGCGGUGGCGGUGGCCGUGAAGAAGCUGAAAGCGGACUUUGUGGGCGAUCCCAAGAAGAAGGCGAAAUUCCUCACCGAAGCCUACAGCUUGCUCAAGAUUCGCGACGUUUGGGCGUUCGGGGUGUUGUGCUGGGAGGUGUAUGCGGAUGGCGGCGCUGACCCGUACCCUGGCAUGACCAACCAGGAGGUCCGGCUCAUGCUGCUCGAGGGCACCGGCCGCCGGAUGGUCAUCCCCGACGAGUUCCCAAAUUUCAUCCGGAAGGUGUUGGAGAAGUGCUGGGAGGAGAUCUGGUGCGAGCGCCCGUCGUUCAAGCGGCUUGUUCGCUACCUGGAGAAGGUGCAGAACACCAUGGCCGCCGAGCUCGAGCAGGUAGCUGCCGAGGAAGGGGCCCCUGACGGUGACGGCGUCCCGGCUGACCAUGACGGUGAUGACGGUGUAGAUGAUCAGGGCAGCGGUUACAACGAUGGCCAGCAAGUUGAUGAGAACCACCUGGCCGAGAGCGACUGC